UCAAAAGCGCGGGUAGUUUUUGAUGGUGAAAAAAAACUUUCUUUUCAUCCUUGAUUCACUAAAAUUUUAAUUGUUUCCAUAAAUUUCACAAAAUGAUAGACCUUUUCAUGCCCUUUCGGGCUUUCCUCAAGUUUGAAAACGUAUGCACGGACAAUAAUGUAUUUCGUAUGCAUUAUAAGGUGACCGUGAUCAUGCUGUUGGUUUUUACUUUGUUGGUGACUUCAAAGCAGUUCUUUGGGGAGCCGAUCCACUGCAUGAGCUACGAUAGUGACAAGAACGUUGAUGCCAUUAACAGCUACUGCUGGAUCUAUGGCACUUACACGUUAGCCAGCCGACUUCAAGGCAUAGAAGGCAAGCACAAUGCAUACAAUGGUGUGGGUCCAGGCAACAUGGAGGACGAUGCGCAGAUCAAGCACACAUAUUACCAGUGGGUUUGCUUUGUGCUGCUCGGACAAGCCGUCAUGUUCUACACCCCUCGCUACCUCUGGAAGAUCUGGGAGGGAGGCCGGCUGAAGGCACUUGCUGCAGAUUUGUCAAGUCCAAUGGUAACCAAAGACUGGUCAGAGUUCCGUCGAGGCGAGCUGGUGUCCUACCUCAACAAUGCCAAUUACAAUGCACACAACCUCUAUGCCCUACGCUAUGCAUUCUGUGAAAUUCUUAACCUGGUGAAUGUGGUCGGACAAAUAUUUCUCUUAGAUGCAUUCCUUGGAGGAGCAUUCCGGAACUAUGGUGCAGCUGUGGCAGCUUUUGCUCAUAGACCACGCAUCCCAAACAAGUAUGAGAGUUUUGAAUCAGUCAACCCAAUGGAUAAGUAUUUUCCUAAGUUAACUAAAUGUUGGAUCCGUAACUUCGGUCCAUCAGGUGACAUAGAACUGAAAGAUCGUCUGUGUAUUUUGCCUUUGAAUAUUGUAAAUGAGAAGAUAUUUGCCAUUUUAUGGUUCUGGCUUAUUGCUUUGGCAUUUGUAUCAACGAUUUCAGUUGUAUUUCGCAUUUUGGUGCUAACUAUGCCUCCGUUUCGUACAAUGAUGGUGAUGGGUCAGCUACGCUAUGUGAAGAGAAGUAUGGUAGCUAAAAUAAUCAAACGCUUUGGAUUUGGUGAUUGGUUUAUACUAUAUUAUCUGGGAAAGAAUAUGAAUCCCCUUAUUUACAAAGAGUUAAUUGUAGAGUUGUAUAAGGCUUUAGAAGAUAAAACUGUUACAGUUUAAAUAUCAUAGACCUAACCAAGUAUAUUGUUUAAGUUAACACAGGUAGAAUUUUAUGAGGGCACAAGCCUAUAAUGGCUUCAAUUGGCUCAUUCACUGAUCAACUAGCCUGUAUUUGUUAAAUUAUUAACUAAGAUCUCAAGUGU